AUGGUGAUGGAUUAUCUUUUCCCACGCUCCAUCCCGGGCAACAUAGCCUCGACCGAAGCAGCACCACCGGUGCAGGCUGAAGUCACCACCACCACGACCAGCACCAUUGACUCCAACAAGAUGGCCGGUUCCGGCUUUUUGAACUUCACACAGACAGUCCUAAUCCCAAUCUUCAUCGCCGCAGCACUAUACCUCGUCGUCUUCCACGCCUUGUUGCCACUCUACCGCCGCCAUCGAGCGCGGUACUCGCAGUAUCUGCCUCUCCAGUCGACCUCGUUAACCUCUCAUCUCCCCGACGCCCUACAACCGUCGUCCGUCCGUGACCGGAUGACGGGAGCGUUCAUGCGACUUUUCCUCCCGUCGACAUGGGCAUUCCGCACCCGCUUCAGGCGGCGUGACAGUGUUGUCAGCGCAGAUGGCGAUCUCUUCGACGUCGAGUCUGGCGAAGCCAUGGUCGGUUUCGACGUGCAGGAACGGGACCAGCGCCGCCACGGGAUGGAGCGCCAGGUUUCCAACAUGGCCGCGGCCACUCGAACCGCAAACCAGCUUCAAGAUGCCGCCAUGGACUCGGACCAACGGCUGAAUCGAGAACUGGAGGAAGGCUUCCGGGACGACAGCGAGGACGAAGGCGAAAGAGAAGCAGCACGGGAAGUGGUCGUUGGGAGAAGAAGCCAGAGUGCUCGUCUGCGGUGA